GCUGAGAGGGAGGAGGAAGCAGCGAGUUCCGGAGCCCUGCCUAAGCCCGGCCCAACCUUUGCUCUAGAGAUCAUGGCUGCCGAGGAUGUGGCGGCGACCGGCGCCGACCCGGGCGAGCUGGAGGGCGGCGGGUUGCUGCACGAGAUCUUCACCUCGCCUCUCAACCUGCUGCUGCUCGGCCUCUGUAUCUUCCUGCUCUACAAGAUCGUGCGCGGGGACCAGCCGGCGACCAGCGGCGACAGCGACGAUGACGAGCCGCCUCCGCUGCCCCGCCUCAAGCGGCGCGACUUCACCCCUGCCGAGCUGCGGCGCUUCGACGGCGUCCAGGACCCACGCAUACUCAUGGCUAUUAACGGCAAGGUGUUCGACGUGACUAAAGGCCGCAAGUUCUACGGGCCGGAUGGGCCAUAUGGGGUCUUUGCCGGAAGAGAUGCAUCCAGGGGCCUUGCCACAUUUUGUCUGGAUAAGGAAGCCCUGAAGGAUGAGUAUGAUGAUCUGUCUGACCUCACUGCUGCCCAGCAGGAGACCCUGAGUGACUGGGACUCUCAGUUCACUUUCAAGUAUCAUCACGUGGGCAAACUGCUGAGGGACGGGGAGGAGCCCACUGUGUACUCAGAUGAAGAAGAACCAAAAGAUGAGAAUGAUCGGAAGAAUGAUUAA